UGCCCUGACCGCUUUAAAUCAAUUACAACGUGAUCAUGCUAAGCGAAAAUCAUUACCACGCGUCUAUGACACAAUGCAACAAGAAAUUAUCCGUAGCCAUCCCGGUUUACAAUUCUCCUCACCCUCCUGGUUUGGUGACCGUAUAAAACAGUACAGGACUUUCGACCGAUUUGGAUAUUUCAAAGAAGAGGGGGACGCCCUCAUCGAAGAGACCAGAUCGUUCGUACAAAUUUGCAACUGGGAGCAGGUUCUCGGCCAUUGCGAAGAUGAUGUUGAUGAUGGAAACGACGACAAAGAAGAAGAUAAAGCGUCGAAAUCGUACGAGACCAUAACCUUUUCGCUAAGGAAUCUGCUGCGGACCGAAAUUAAAUACGAUGAUUUUCUGAAAGAUAUAAAAGACGAACAGCGACGCGUCGGUCGGUGCAUUUCAGAGCUUAGCAAGGCAGGUGCCAUAUUGACCGAUACUAUUGUUACAGGGCGCGCUGCUCGACUAUGCGGAAUCAAUAAUCAGCAGCAAAAUCUCGAUCUGCGCAAAUUGGCACCAAAUUUUCAAUUUCCACCAGAUGCGGCCACCGUCAUAACUAUUGCUCCAAUUCCUGAGGAUCAAGAAAGGCUCGACACAGAAAGAAUCUAUAAAAGGGAACAUUUUUAAAAUUUUUUAUCGGGUAAGCUCAUAGCUACGUGCUUUGUGUGUGCUGGUGAAUAUUUGGUUCUCACUUUAAGUUGACGAUUAUGAUAAUGAUUUUUUUAAAGGCUGUAUCGGCUCUAGUAUAAGCUCUACUCGAGAAUCAUCCGUUUACUGCGAGAUCCGAAAAGAAAUCAAUGACACUGGGCUCGUGUCAAAACAAGAUGAUUUCAUGUUAAAAGGUGCAAUGAAUGACGCCUUAACAGAAUAUUCGACGGCGUGUGAUAACCUGUGGACCAGGAAGCGACACAAUCGCGAUCUUCGCGUUUUGGUGACUGCUUUAUUAAGGCUGAAUCUUGCGCCGGAACGGGUACAUAAAUACGCUGAGACACGAAAGAAGCAUCAGCAAGACAAGGCCAAGGAUAAGGAAGAAAAGAGCAACGAAGAAAACAUGC